AGGUGAGUUAAUUGUUAGAAACUAGGCAUUGGAUCCCAGAUAAGGGUGAGCGCCACCCCUACUCAUAGAGGAGGGCGGCCCAACCAGUGGGCCGCAUGGUGGAGUUCAGAAAGGCCCUCUUUUUGAUUCAAAGUUUUCUGCUUUUCUCUUCUGGUUUGGUUCAGAUGGAAGGAGAGGAAGUCUCCAUUCUGAGAUCAGAGGAUGAGAAAGAUAUAGAGAUGAGUCAGAUGACAAUAGUCUCUGAAGGACAUGAUGCCAUUCCAAUGUCAAAUAAGCUGUCUUGCUGCUCUUCUUGUGCCUUCUCCAAGCAAGAAAAUUGUACAUUGGAGUCAAAACAACGUUCCAAGUCCACAACGAAACUUUGUGGACUCAUAAUUUUCUAUGUUAUGGUUAUGAUGGUAGAAUUUGUUGGAGGGGUGAAAGCCAACAGCCUUGCAGUUAUCACAGAUGCAGCCCACUUGCUUACUGAUGUUGCCGGAUUCUCAAUCUCUCUCUUUACAGUCUGGGCUUCAGCUUGGGAGGCAACAUCCCACCAAUCUUUUGGAUUUAAUCGCCUUGAGGUUAUUGGUGCCCUUUUAUCAGUCCAGCUCAUAUGGUUAAUAUCUGCACUCUUAAUUUAUGAAGCACUUGAUAGAAUUCUUCACAAAAACGCAAAUGUGAAUGGGGCACUUAUGUUUGCAAUUGCUGCAUUUGGAUUUUUUAUCAACUUAAUCAUGGUCAAAUGGCUGGGUCACGAUCAUACUCACCAUGGUUGUGGGGACAAAGACCCCAGUCAUGGUGGAGGUCAUUCAUGUACAACAAUUGAAGAAGAGACUGGUCUGGUGUCAAGUUCUCCAGUAAAGGCUAAGGUAAUGAACAUAAAUCUUCAGGGGGCUUAUCUGCAUGUCAUCGCUGAUCUAAUUCAGUCUGUUGGGGUGAUGAUUGCUGGAGCUGUUAUAUGGGUAAAAGCAAACUGGUUGGUGGUUGAUCUUCUCUGCACCCUCGUUUUCUCUACAUUUGCUGUGUGUGCUACCAUACCAAUGCUUAGAAAUGUGUUUGGCAUAUUGAUGGAGAGCACACCAGCAGAUAUCAAUGUUGAUGAGCUGGAAAUCGGUAUAAAGCAUAUCAACGGAGUCCUAGAUGUUCAUGACCUUCACGUUUGGUCCAUUACAAUCGGGAAAAUUAUAUUGUCAUGCCAUGUAGUAGCAGAGCCUGGAGUCAGCUGUAGUGAAUUACUUGGCAAGAUUAAGGAUUACUGUGAAAGAACUUACAGAAUCAAUCAUGUUACGGUACAGAUUGAAUUUGAAUAGUAACCUAUGGGUUUCUUGUCCAACUCUUAUAACUUACAGGAUCAAUCAUGUUACAGUGCAGAUUGAAUUUGAGUAGUAACUUGUUAGUUUCUUGUCCGUCUCUUAUAAUUUCUUUUUUUACACUUUAUAGGAGUAUAAAAGCAUGUUUGGUUU